AUGGACAUUGUUUCACAGCCUGUGUGGAUUGUCGUUUCUGCCGGCCUUGCUGUGCUCUUAAUAACCGUGGCAAUGGGUUCAGCUUGGAGUAAGAACCAAAUGCCCGUCGAGGGCAAGACGGUGCUGGUCACGGGUGCGUCUGAGGGCAUGGGCCGCAGUGCUGCGCGACAGCUGGCUGAGAAAGGUGCCAGCGUAAUUCUCGUCUCGCGCUCUGCCAACAAGCUGGAAGAGGCCAUGGCACAUGCGAAGGCCGCCGCACGCAAUCCGCAAACCCAGAGAUUCCACUACAUUACCGCAGAUGUUUCAAAACCCGACUACGCGAGCUCCCUUCUCGCGGAAGCAAUCGCCUGGAAUGAUGGCAAACCUCUGGACAUUGUAUGGUGCAUUGCUGGCAAGUCCACACCCGACUUCUGGGUAGAGGCCCCGCUGUCAAUCACGCGGGAGCACAUGGAUCUCAACUUCUGGGGCAGCGCCGAAAUGGCCCACACCGUGCUGCGCCUGUGGUGUGCCCCCAAUGCUCCUGUGGUGCCCGAACCAAAGCACUUGAUUUUCACUUCAUCCGUGCUCGCCUUAUUCCCUCUUAUCGGAUACGGCACCUACACCCCCGGCAAGGCGGCAUUGCGUGGGCUAGCCGACACGCUGGUCCAAGAGCUCGAGAUAUACCCUCAGAAAGUGAAGAUCCAUGUCGUUUAUCCUGGUACUAUCUCGAGUCCCGGCCUAGAGCGCGAGAAUAAGUCGAAGCCUGAGAUUACAAAUAUCCUCGAGGAGACUGAUCCCAUACAAACCCCCGACGCUGUGGCUGCCGCUGCUAUAAAAGGUCUGGAGAAAGGCCAUUACGCCAUCACCGUCGCUUUUCUGGGCGAUGUCCUUCGCUGGAGCACUCUGGGCGCUUCACCUCGCAAUAGCUGGGUUAUCGAUACCAUCAUGUCAUGGGUCAUCUCCUUGGCCUUGAUCUUUGCCCUGCCAGAUAUUUACAGUAAAAUCCGGAAAUACGCGAAAAAGAAUGGGCAUCCGAUUAACUACCGGAAGAAGAUUGGUACUGAAUGA